AUGGCUACGACCGAGACCAAAGGACCAUACCAGCCACCAUCUGGAUAUUUGGGCAAUCUUAAUGCUGAACAGCAAUCUGCACUGGAUCAACUAAAAAAGGAGUUGAAGGAACAGAAGGAAACAGGAUUCGCUCUAGAAGGAGAGGAUGGAUUCGCAGAAGCUAGAAUGGGCGACGCCGGGCUCCUCAGGUUUUUGCGCGCAAGGAAGUUCAACGUUGCUGCAGCCAAGGCAAUGUGGUUAGCAAAUGAAAAGUGGAGGAAGGAGUUUGGUGUGGAUGAGAUUGUGAAGAGCUUCGAAUAUCAUGAAAAGGCAGAAGUCGAUAAAUACUAUCCUCAAUUCUACCACAAAGUAGACAAGGACGGACGCCCACUGUACAUAGAGCGGCUGGGCUCACUCGAUAUCGAUGCUCUGUACUCUGUCACUACCGCAGAUCGUCAACUUAAACGUCUUGUUUACGAGUAUGAAAGGUCCAUGACUGAGCGCCUGCCAGCAUGCUCCGCCCUUGUUGGACAUCCCGUCUCGACCUACUGCACGAUCCUCGACCUCAAGGACGUAUCUCUGCGCAGCUUCUACCGCGUCAAGGACUAUGUUAUGUCUGCUGCUUCGAUAGGACAGGACCAUUAUCCCGAAACCAUGGGAAAAUUCUACAUCAUCAAUGCCCCGUUCUUAUUCACCGGUGUAUGGUCAGUUGUCAAGCCCUGGUUAGACGAAGUUACGGUGGCAAAGAUACAAGUUUUGGGCGCCAAGAACAAGGAUGUUCUUUUGGCUCAGAUUCCCGAGGAGAAUUUGCCUAAAUCUCUUGGUGGAACCUGUCAGUGCUCCGAGGGGUGUUCCAUGAGCGAUGCAGGGCCUUGGAUCCGACCUUGA